AUGGCUGCAGAUGAAGUACUUCUUCUUAACCUCUUUGAUUCACACUGGUUUGGUCAAGAAAUUAUUGCCACCCCAAAAACAAACCCAAUAUCUCAUGAUGACCAAUUAGUCAAAGAAUUAGAAACCACACAGGAAUCUAUUUCAUCAUUAUUGUAUCAUAGAGUAAGGUCACUGAGUGACCACCAUCUCAUGGCCUCCAAAUCAAGCUCCUUCUUCUCCUCCGACAAUUCGCUCUCUCCGAGCUCGGUCCUUGCCGCGCCGAGUCUGCAAACGAUCUUCUCCAGGAAAGAAGUGAAGGAGUUUGGCCGUGAUGAUCAUGAAGAAGAAGAAGAAGAAAGCGUGAAGAAGAAAGAAGAGGACGUAACAAAAGUUGAAGAAGUAACUUUACCUGCGAAGAAGAUGAAGAAAAAAGUCAACGAAUUAAGAUCAAGAAGGACUAGAACAAGCAGUAAGAGCUUGCCUGACCUUGAGUUUGAGGAGCUAAAAGGGUUUAUGGAUCUGGGCUUUGUUUUCACCGAAGAAGAGUGUAAGGAUUCAAGGCUAGUUUCCAUGAUUCCUGGGUUACAAAGGUUUUGCAAAAAGUGUACGGACGGAUCAGAUCAUGAUGAUGAUCAGGAAGAUCAUGAUAAGGAGAAGAAUAAUUAUGAGAUAAAAAGGAAUAGUGAUCAAGUAAUUUCGAGGCCUUAUCUAUCGGAGGCUUGGGAUGUGUUGGAUUUGGAAUAUCAGAGAAAGAAGGAGAUGAAGCAAGUGGUGAAUUUGAAGAUACCAACUUUGGUUAGUGAUAUUGACAUGAAAGAUCAACUCAGGUUCUGGGCUCAUACAGUUGCAUCAACUGUCAGAUAA